UCUCCUCCAGUAUUUAAAACAAUAUAAUUUGUGACACAGUCUUGGUUUUAUAGAUCAUGCUGGAAAGGCUCACUGCAGCUUAGAGUGGCAAGACUAGGAAUGGUCACAGGAUGUUCUAUUUCUCUCUAUAAGCACAAGAAGGAAGUUACUUAACAAGGAAGUUCUCUGCCUAUGUGUCUCUUGGCAGUUGAUUGGCACUGGCUUCUUAAAAAACAUGCAAAAUUCUAAUGAAGUUUGUCCUGCAAUCAGGACAGAUAAGCUCUCCAUGUGAAGUUUAAAGGCAUGAGCUGCUUUUCUUCAGAGUGGGCACUACACCAUCCUCUCUGGACAAGCAGCCUCUUUGCAGUGAUUUCAUAUUUUAAUUACUUAGAAAUUGGACAAAGAAGUGUCACGUGAGCAGUCACAGGCCAGAGGCUGGUACCUGGCACCAGCGUUCCCACCUGGCUCUGUGGCUGUGAGGAAUGGCCAUGGAAGAUCCUGACAGGAAGACUGAAGUGGUACUGCUGGCCUGUGGGUCCUUCAAUCCCAUCACCAACAUGCACCUGAGGCUGUUUGAGCUGGCUAAAGACUACUUCAAUGAAACAGGAAAAUACAAAGUAAUCAAAGGCAUCAUUUCACCAGUGGGUGAUGCAUAUAAGAAGAAAGGUCUGAUCAGUGCGAAUCACCGAGUGACCAUGGCAAAACUGGCUACAAAAAACUCAGAUUGGGUGGAAGUUGAUGAUUGGGAAAGCUGCCAGAGCGAGUGGUUGGAAACCCUAAAGGUUUUAAGGUAUCAUCAUCAAAAGCUUUUAUCUGCUGGUGUCAAUAACAGUCUGCAGGAUGCUGUACCCAUAACAAAGCUGGGACGGAAGAGAAAACAGGAACCAAAUAGGCACGAGCCCAUUAAAAAGAAAAAUCAGAGUCUGGCUGUAAAAAGUGUCCCACAGGUUAAACUGCUCUGUGGAAGUGACAUGCUGGAAUCUUUUGGAAUCCCCAAUCUGUGGAAAUUGGAGGACAUCACUGAAAUUGUGGAAAAACACGGCCUCGUGUGCAUCAGUAGGGCUGGAAACAACGUCCAGAAAUUCAUCUAUGAAUCUGACAUUUUGUGGAGACAUAAGAACAACAUCCACCUGGUGGAGGAAUGGAUCACCAACGACAUUUCCUCCACCAAGAUCCGGAGGGCGCUGCGGCGGGGGCAGAGCAUCCGUUACCUGGUGCCAGAGGCGGUGCGGGCGUACAUCGAGCAGCACGGGCUGUACAGUGCCGAGAGCGAGGGCAGGAACGCGGGGCUGCUGCUGGCACCACUGCAGAAACAUGCCAGCGAGCCAGGGGCUCACUGAGCAGCUGAACUGCUGCUGGCACCACUGCAGAAACAUGCCAGCGAGCCAGGGGCUCACUGAGCAGCUGAACUGCUGCUGGCACCACUGCAGAAACAUGCCAGCGAGCCAGGGGCUCACUGAGCAGCUGAACUGCUGCUGGCACCACUGCAGAAACAUGCCAGCGAGCCAGGGGCUCACUGAGCAGCUGAACUGCUGCUGGCACCACUGCAGAAACAUGCCAGCGAGCCAGGGGCUCUCUGAACUGCUGAACUGCUCCUGGCUCCUCUGCAGAAACAUGUCACUGACCCUGGGGCUCACUGAACUGCUGAACUGCUCUCUGCUGGGGAAAAGGCUACAUUUCAGUACAGGAAGGUGUGCUUUCUAGGGGCUGCUUGGGGGUUUUUCUUAGGUACUAGUGGGCUAAUUCUGUACAUCUGUAGUUAGUAGUGAGGUUUGCUGCACUCAGUGAUUGGACCUACACAACCUUUUUCAAGUCCAGGAACAAGAUUUCCACAUUUUAAUGUUUUGUCCCAGUGCACUGAAGCAAGUAUAACAAUUCACAUUGGUACGUGAAAAUUGCAAAUGUAUAAGCAAAACAAAUGAAAAUGUUCUGAUUAGCUUUAACUCAAACUACUCUGCUAUUUAUAAAACAAUAACACAAAUAUUUUUAAUUUACAGUGUCUUAACAAAGUUAUUAAGUUUCAAGAGGUACCAUUUACUUAGAGUAAAUCUAUGUAAUUUUUUUUUUUAAUUGUCAACAUGUGGUUCACCUCAAAAAAUUAUUUAGCUCUAUCCUGGAAGGGAAAAUUUCCUCCUGGCUGAAGUGGUUCUAGGUAUAGCAUGCUUUGAGCUGCUUGACUUUGAGCUAUGCAGAUGCUUGUUCGCUGUCAUACAGUUUGCUUCCAGAAAUGUCUUGUACUUUACUUUCAAGUAAAAGUUCAAGUUUCCAGGGCUGUAAUGUUAAGCUCAGUAUUGUUUCUGAUGGAAGGACAAACCUACCUCAGGAACUGGUUUAAAGCCAUUGAUUUAAUAGAUAGAAAUUAAUAAUAGUGUCAUUGCACUGAUUCUCAGACACUUGUCCCUUUAUUACAAAUAAUGCAUUUAUUUCAUAUAACAACGUAUUUUUUUUGCUUUUGAGCUAUAAGUAGAAUAUAAUUUUAUAUAGCCAGAAUUGUUUUCUGUUACUAGAGAGAAAAUGGUAGGAUAUCAAUACUGACCGUAAGCGAAAUAUUUUCUGUGCUAGAAAUCUGGUUUUAAACCUAACAGAUUAUUGUCUACAUUGUAUGAACAUAAGCUAGAGAGGCACUCUGACUGUUGUGGUGAUAGAAUUCUACCUCCCUUUAUUUGCUUCUAUCUCAUUUUUGUUUGGAUUAUGUGCCUUAUUAAGAAUGUCAAGGUUUGCCAGCCACUUUCUCAUGGGUCAACAGCUCUUUCAUGGGAUCUCCACAGGAUGACUGGUCACGUUUCUCAGAUCAAACCCAGCUGAACAUGAGACUCUGCAGGCAGGCAGCCAAGAGGCUGUUGGGCAAGGCCAGAGCAGGGCCCUGCUCCACACCCUGACUGACUGCUGGCUGUACAGCCUGGGUUUUACUGGCAGCAUCCAGGAGCCUGCCUGUUACAGCUCUAGAAGUAAUUGCACACUGGCCAUCUCCUCUUCUAGUCAGUUGGAAAUACCAGCACCACAGUCAGUGCUGGGGCUAUUCAUGGAUGUCAGGCAGGCAGAACUUUCAGGAGUGGACUCUUGUCAGAUCCUCAAGAGAACACGGGGCCCUUUCACCACACGUCAUUUAGACUCGAAAUAUUUUAUUAAUGCUGUAGCAGCAGCAGGACCCACUUGAUCUGCUUCUGUAAUUGGGCCACAUCCCUAAGAGAAUGUGUUAGAUGCUCAGUGCUUCACAGCAACUGGGAUGGAAAUGGAAAAAAGUAUUUCCACAAAAAUAAAAUCAGAAAUGUGAAGGGAGGAAGGAAAGAACCAUCAUAGGAUGUGGCCUGGGCAAUAGGCAGUUCUUAGGAGCUCUGUAGGCAGUUCUAUGGCUGAGACUUUAAAACACUAACCCUGGUGCCCUUUAGAGAUCUUUGUGUGAGGUUUAAGUACUGAUUUGCAGAAAGAAGGACCACACCCCAGACUAUCUGCAUAAUUUAAAUUAAAAUGUUAUAUCUGGACUUUGACAGGACUUACCAAGUACUGACUUCUCUUUGCUUGCAAGAGUCAGUAGUAUUGCAACAGUGGUUUACUACCAUAACCUCAGAACACCAAAUUGUGGGUGAAAUGUGACUAUUUGAGUGGAGAGGAAACUAAUUUUAAUUUCUCUGUGCCAUUCCUGGUUUAGUGUGGGUUAGAGAACAAUAUCCAGCUGCAAACAGGAAAGAAGCUUUGACGUCCUGAGUUCCUACUUGCAUGAUUCUGAGUCAUAUGGAUCAGACUGCCAGCUCCUAAAACAGAGCUAUACUUUGGGGAAACUUCUCUGCAGAAUAUUAUCCUUCUUACUCAGCCUCACACAAGUCAGUAAAUUAAAAAAUGUAGUAGAUAUAGGUGUGUUUCCUCACCUCUAAAUCCCUUAUUUCCUCUCACAAAUUCCCUAAGUGCUUUCUCUUCAAUGUCAAACAUUUUUCAUUUGUUUUUCAAAACACAUUGCUGGGUCAUCAGGGAUUUCUUUCACUUCUUUACUGAAGGUGAAGUCCAACAGUGAAGCUUACCUGCUGCAUCAUGUGCUCUGCUGCCUGUGUGUUCUGCCACAAUGUGUAGCAUCUAAUAAAGCAUCAGUGGGAACUGCUUCUGUA